ACAAUUUUUAAAUGGACAUAGAAUAGAGGAUUAGUUUAACAAGCGUAUUAGUUUUCUAUCCGGCAGAAAUUGAAUGUAUGCGUUCUGAUCGCUACCGAUUUUGUUUAAAUUAAUUUGUUUUUGCGACACUUUUGAUUUUUCCAUCAUGUCAGCGUCUCUGGAGGCCCGUGAUAAGGAAUUUUAUUUGAAAGGUGAGAAGAUAAGAAUUUUGAGUGGAGCCGUCCAUUAUUUCCGCAUUGUUCCGGAUUAUUGGUUGGACAGACUUCAGAAGUUGAAAUUUUGUGGUUUGAAUUGCGUUGAAACCUAUGUGCCAUGGAACUUGCAUGAAGAAAUUAAGGGUGAAUUCAAGUUUGAGGGAAUUCUAGACUUAAGAAGCUUCAUAAAGAUGGCUCACAGCUUAGGUCUAUAUGUCAUAUUGCGACCUGGACCAUACAUCUGCUCCGAGUGGGAAUUUGGAGGACUGCCGAGUUGGCUCCUGUCAGAUGCGAACAUGAAAGUAAGAAGCUCUUACGAACCUUACUUGCAGGCUGUUGAGGAAUAUUUCAACAAGUUGCUGCCUCUUGUUACUGAUUUGCAGCAUAGCAGAGGUGGGCCGAUAAUCUGCCUCCAACUUGAGAAUGAGUAUGGCGCAUAUGCUGCCGAUCUCAAUUAUAUGAACUUUCUCAGACAGAACAUGCUGAAGAAUGGCAUAGUUGAAAUGUUGUUCACAUCGGAUGGAGGUCCCGGACUGCAAGGAGAAAAAUUGAACGAUGCUCCAAUGAGCGUAGAACUGCUUAUAGAUCAUUCAUUCCAUAUUCAAAAUCCACACCAUAGUAACAAAAGACUAACGGUAAUUAUAAAAUACGCAGUCCUGAUGACCUUGAACUUCCAGCUGAAAGAGUACGGAUACCUGAUGCACGAGUACGUGAGGAACGUGAAGCAGCCGAACAAGCCACUCUUCGUUAUGGAGUUCUGGUCAGGCUGGUUCGACCAUUGGGGCGAGAAACACCAGAUUCUACCGAAUGAGAGUUCGAUUGUUUUUAUUUAUUACCAAUUUUAUUGA